AAAAUCAAAACAUUGUAGAAAAAAAAAUUUGAAAGAAAACUCCAGAAAUGGAUUGGUUAUUUAUAUUAGAGAGCUCGUUUAAUGAACAUUAGAAAAAUAUAAACGGAAGAAUUAUCAACGAAAGCACUUGAAAAGUAUCUGAUUUUAUUAUUUGAUAAAUUAAUUUAAAGAAACUAUCAACUCGCAAUGGGAAAAGACUACUAUAAAAUACUUGGAGUUGAAAAGUCAGCCGAUGGAGCUGCGUUGAAAAAAGCUUACAGAAAAUUAGCUUUAAAAUAUCAUCCUGAUAAAAACAAGCAGCCAGGUGCAGAAGAGAAGUUUAAAGAAAUUUCUGAGGCUUACGAAGUUUUAAGUGACGAUAAAAAACGAGAAAUUUAUGACAAGUAUGGAGAAAACGGUUUAAAAAAUGGUUUUAAUCCCGAUGCUUCACAUAUGAAUGGUGAUCAAACUUUUAAUUUUGGAGAAAACUGUGGAUUCCAGACGUUUACAUUUACUUCUGGAGAUGCGUUUAACACCUUUAGUCGUGUAUUUGGUGAAAAUGGUGAUGGAUUUGAAAGUUUGUUUAGCAGAUUUAACGGUUUUCCACACUCUAAUUCAAGAAUAUUUUCAGAUGAAGAAGUUAAUUUCAAUUUUGAUUCGAGAUCUCAGAAAGCAAAUAAGCGACAAAAAAUUCAAGAUCCUCCAAUUAUAAAAGAUUUAUUCGUAAGUUUAGAAGAUAUUUCAUACGGCUGUUCAAAACAAAUUAAAAUUACAAAAAAGGUUCUUUGUGAAGAUGGUCAAAGCUAUGCAUCUGAGCAGAAAAUUUUAAGCAUUGAAAUAAAAAAAGGAUGGAAAGAAGGGACUAAAAUAACAUUCCCCAAAGAAGGGGAUCAAAUUAAAGGUCAUAUUCCUGCUGACAUAGUAUUUGUUAUAAAAGACAAACCGCAUCCAUAUUACAGUAGAGAUAAAAACAAUAACUUAAUAUUUAAACCAAAAAUCUCAUUACGUGAAGCUUUAUGCGGUGGUCAAAUUCCAGUCCCACUUAUCAAUGGUGAUGUUAAAACUAUCAGUUGGAAUAAAGUUAUUCAACCAGGUGAAAGGAACAUUAUUAGUGGUUGUGGUUUACCUAACCCAAAAUGUAAUGAUAAAUUUAGUGACUUAAUAGUUGAAUUUGACAUUAUAUUUCCUACAGAACUUUCUAACAGUUCGAAACACACUAUUAGAAACUUACUUCCUCAAUAAAAUUUAUUUUUUAUACUGUAUUUUGUAAAUAUAGAUUUUUAAUGUAAAUUAAGAAAUUUUGUAUGAUAUUUUGA